AUGGAGGGAGGGAGGGAGGGAGGCAGGCCGGCGGAGCUCGUCGCUGCGCAAUCCUGCAUCUCCCGGCUGGAAGCGGCUCUCCAGCUGGCACAGCAGCGCGAAGCGGCCUCCUCCGCAGCCCUGGUCGAGGCGGAGGCGGUGGCGCGGCGUAGCGACGAGCUGGCGAUGGCCAACCUGCAGCUCAGUCAGCGACUGGCGGAGUCCAAGGCGGAGAUGGAGAUGGCGGCAUACUAUAAAAAGGCAAGCGGGGUGUGCGGCGAGCUUACGGAGGCCAAAUCCCGGCUUGAGGAGCAGCUGAUGGGGCUGGGCUCGCUGCUGUCAGCGUCGGAGCUGCGGCUGGCAGAUAUGGCGGCGAGAGCGGCGGCAGCGGAUGUGGGUGGUCGAGGGGCAGUUGGGAGCGGGGAGCAUGCGGCACUGGCGGAGUGCCGGGCUCGUGCUGCGGAGAGCUCCAUCGCCUCCGAGGUGGAGCGCCGCUGUGGGGCGGUGCUGUCCAGUCGGGCGCUGUGGCCGCCGGCGCUGCGGGAGGAGGUAGAGGCGUUGGAGGCGAGACUGGCGGCGGCGGAGGCGGAGCGCGGCAUGGCAGUGCAGCGCGCCGAGGCAGCGGCGCGGGCGGAGGGGGAGCUGCGUGAGCAGCUGGGAACCAAGACCGCGGAGCUGGCGCUCCUCACCCAGGAGUCCGCCGCAGCCGCCACUGCCUUUGCGGCUCAGCUGCAGCAACUCCGGGAAGCGCUGGCAGAAUCCCAGGCUCGCGUGGCUGGGCUGCCGGACGACCUGUCGAGGAGCCGGGCGCGCGAGGAGGCAUCCGCAACCAUCGCGGCUGCAGUUGCGGCUCCACGACGGCAUAGUAAUGGCGGCAACGCCGCGACGGCGCCAUCGCCGCCGACUGCCACUGCUGUGAUGACACCCAAGUGGCAGGUACAGAAUAGGGUCGGCGGCGGUGGGUUGUAUAACCUGGACGCCGCCUUCGCCGGGGACCCCGGUGACGGCGGCAACAGCAGCGGUGGUGGCGACGGCAGCGGUUCGGCAGGUACACGCAAGGGCAGCGGCGGGCCGAGCAAUGUGGAUGCUGUGUACAUGAAGAACGUGUUGUUCAAGUUCUUGGAGGCGCACCUGACCAAUAAAGUUCAGGAGCGGGAUAUGCUGCUGCCAGCUGUGGCGACAUUGCUGCAGGUGGGUAGGUGGGUGGUCCUCGUCCCCUAA